AUGAUAGUCAAGCUUGAGAUCAAGGUCAUGAACUAUAAUUAUGAUUAUCUUGCUGUGAAUCUGAUUAAAGAUAACAACAGUCUGCCUAUCUCAGAGAAGAUGAAGAAAGAUGAUUUUAAGAUUGUGGUGUCCUCUGAUAAGAAUAAUGAGAAGAAUGAUGAGAAGAAUGAUGAGAAGAAUGAUGAUUGA